AUCUAAAGUGUCAGUGGUACGUAGAUAUAAAUUAAUAAGCAGUCUUUCCAACAAUACCAUGUCACCAAAAUCUCGUCCAAUGUCAACAUAAUGUAUUUCAGCAAUUGCUUUUGUUAUCCCUAAUGAGUAAUAAUUUAUUAUAUAUUAUUAGGUGAAUUUGUAACCAUACACAUUCAAUAGACGGCUUGUCAAAAAAUAAAAUCAAUAGAAGUUGAGUUCCCUGCUCAGCAGUGAAAGUGUUUUAGCAAUUGAAAUUUACAACAGCUUCAUCGUUCAAAAUUGGCAGUGCUUUGGCAUCUGAAUGCACUUUGGUCAGCCUAAGAUCAAAGGUUAUGGAUUUACAUACAUGAGUGAUCUAACACCAUUAAAGUUCAUAGAGACAAAAAUAUAGACAAAUAGAAACUUGGUACAAAUGACAAACUAAAUUUACCUACAUGAUUAGAUUUUGAAAAGAAUUGCCAACUACAUUGUUGUAUCUAUCUAAUUGUUUUUCUCCAUAGAGACAUUCUAGAAUUUACCAACUUCCAACUCAUUCAAUCACAAAGAAAAGAUCUGUGUCUUUUCACUUUAUCAAUCAUAACUUCCUAAUCCUUCGGGUGACCUUUUUCCAUUCACAUUUAUAAAUACCAGCCUAAUCUGUUAAGUGAGAAAACUUGGUCAUCAAAUCAAGAAAAGAGUCAAAAUGAAGUUGCUUCAAUGGGUGCAUCGAAAACUUCAUCCCUUCAAGGAUUUCACGCUUGGAAAUCCGUGUGCUUGUCUUACAGUCCAGCUAACAUUUGACAGCCAAUAUCUUCAGACAAAGCCAAGCUUCAGUUCCAUUAACCAACCCUGCUUCUCAAAGCCACACCAUCAGGAAAGUCAAACAUCUUGCUGCAGAGAAGAUGAUGAUUCACAAGAAGAAACAUCUGCAGUCAUCCCUGAGCUCUUUCAAAGCUUUUUGACAAUUGGAACCCUUGGUGCAGAGGCAGUUACCAAUGAGCCGGCAACACCAACAUUGUCCAUGCCUUCAGAAAACAUAACUAUGACAGAUGCAGAGGUGACAGAGAAUGAACUGAAGCUCAUAAGUUUUGAGCUUGAGAAAUUCCUUGAGACUGAAGAUGAAAGUUUCUAUGAAUCAUCAGGAAGAAACAGUCGUCUUCGCAACAUCACACUUAGCGGAAAUCAAACAGAUGGAUCCGAAGCUAAAGAUUGUGGAAACAAGGUUGUAUGUCCACUGCAAGGAUAUUUAUUGGGGUCAUCGUUCAAAACACCAGAGAAAAUAGAAGUGAGGAAAGAAAGGACAUCACUUGCUGAGCUAUUUCAUAGGACAGAGUCAACAAAUGAAGACUGUGCAGAGACAGGAGUCGAAGAGACACAAGUCAAGCAAGCACAUAAGUCUGCCAUGCAUAUUAUGAAAAAGAUGUUCAAAAUGGUCCACAGUUCCUCGAAAGGCUGUAACACCUCUGGGAAUGAUGCUGAUUCGACUUCAACCAAUACAAAGCUCAGUAAGGUUUUACAUAAGUUUCACAGAAAAGUCUAUCCUGAAGACAUCAUAAAUGCAAAAUGUUUUAGUAAAUCCCACAAAGGUAAGAUUAAUCUUCCUCAUGACUGCUUCGAUGAAUAUGAUAAAGGAAAUACCACAAACCCAAAUCCUAGCAGAAGAGUUCAUUCAGAUAGCAAGUCAAGAAAGUGGUUUAAACACUGUAAGACCAACUGGAAACCACCGCAAGAUGGCCUAAGUAGCAGUGGUUCAACUGGGAACAAUGAGCACUGGAUCAAGACAGAUGCAGAGUAUUUGGUGCUGGAGCUGUAGCAACUUAUGAUGUAUGAAAGUGUUAAUAAAUUGAGCCUCUAUAAGAGACUUCUCAAAAGUGUAUUUCAUAGUGUGAUCGUGUUAUGUUAGUGCUUUUGAAUGGAAACUUCUAAUGCAUUCAAUAAACCUGUGUGUUUCGUA